UCAUUCCCUUCUCUUACUCUAUCCAACAGUUGUUGCCAACAAGCCAUGUCUUCCGUAAGCAGUUUCUUUUCCCACAGUCUUUAAUUCUUGCCUCGAAAAACUUCCCCAACCGCGACGCCAACAAGGGUGUGCUUCUACCCCAAUUAGGGACUUUUUCUUUUUUUUUUUUUGAUUUUAGUUUUUUUAUUAUCUAGAUUUAAAACAAAAACAACACAAAAAAUAUAUAUAUAUAUAUAUAAAUAUUUACACACACGCAUAUAUAUACACAUAUAUAUAUAUACAUACAUAAAUAUAUUUUAUAAUCCUUGUUUUAUUACCUCAUGUUAAACUGCUUGUAAUCAAGUUAUAAGACGAACAAAUUGUUACUAAUAUACACUCACUCGGACGUAGAAGUCAAACCACAUAUAUAUAUAUACAUACAUACAUUCGCAAAUGCACUUAUAUACUGGAAAAUAAUCUUUAUCACUGGAAACCAGAAGAAUAAAGAAAACGAAGGAGAAAACGAAGCUUAAAGGAGAACAAGAACAAACGACAAUAUAAUAAUAAUUACUAUUAUUAUUGUUUCUAUUAUUAUUAUUAUUAUUAUUACUAUUACUAUUAUUAUUAUUAUUAUACAACUGAGAUGCGGAGGAAAACACGACUUUGGGUUACGUAUGUGUGACGUCUGGGCAAAUGUUAGCCCUAUAUCUUAAACGGGUUACCACAGUGGGCGGUGUUUUUUAAAGAAACAGAAAGACAGAAAAGAUAAGAAGCAGUGUACGUAUAUAUAUUCUCGUUAAUUGUGUCUGUAAACAGAAUUUGAGAACGAAGUGAGUUGAUCUUGGUUGCUGUAAAUUAAACACUAUUAUAUACAUAUACACAUAGAUGUAUAUCCACACACUGGUAUCAUAUAUUUAUUGUAUACAAAGAAACGACGUCCACAGUGAGUAGAAUUUUUUUGGUCUGCUUAUAAACAGAGUAAGGUGCUUGUGAGAUAUAUAUAUAUAUAUAUAUAUAUAUAUGUAUAUAUAUGUAUAUAUAUGACUUGUUAAACUGGCAAGGCCUGGUAUGUGGGUAGAUUUUUGAGAACAAGGGGAAAACAAUAGGAAAAUUUGUCUGGCUGUAAACAUAGUUUGUAAUAUAAUUAAUCGCUGUAAUUAAUGCGGUUUCAUUAAACACAUUGUAAACACAGACAGGUGUGUUUAAUGACAUAAUAUUAAGAGCGGUGGACGGUUGGUUUCUCACCUUCCCUUCAAGCCGAGCAAUUUUAUAAAACAAGCAACAGGUUGUUGGGUUAAACAACGCUUCGGAGAUAAGAGAGAGAAAGAAAGAAAGAACUACCAAACUGUGUCAAUAAUAAUAAUAAUAAUAAUAAUAUUUUUAAUAAUAUUAAUAAUAAAAAAACAGCUCCAACAUAUGAUUACAUAUUUGACGAGUGUGGAUAAAAAUUCUUUUUUAUAACACCUGGAAAGCGAUAUUACAAAAAAAAAGAUAAAAGAAAUUGCUAACGAACAGCAACAGACGAAGACGAACCGACACAAGAGAUAAUACAAGUUGGUGUGUGUUUUUGUUGUUGUUGUUGUUUUUACUAUAUCGACCGCAAGCAGGCUACCUGCGAAAAGAAAUCUCUCCUGAAACAUUCCUGGGACUGUGGAAUUACUUGGAAAACUUUACGUAACUUGUGGGAAAUUACUUGGAAAAAAAGGGUUUUUUUUUACCGUUAUACGUUUUGAAAAGAAAUAUCAUAUUUGUAUCACCACUCCCACCAUGACCACCUCCUCCUACCAAAUGGAUACUAAAUUAUUACUCUUCCUACUUCUUUUAAUACCCCCUGUGCUGUCAGUUGUGAUGACAUGGGGUCCUUGGGGAUCUCUUUCUGGCUGCUCGAAGACUUGUGGAUUUGGCACUGAAGAAAGGACACGCUAUGUUGUCGUCGACGGCAGGGAGGACGAGGAGAAAAAAGAAACUCAAAUAUCUCAAUGUUAUCUUACACACUGUCCUGUUGAUGGCAAUUGGACUUUAUGGAGUGGAUGGUCAGUAUGUACCAAGAACUGUGGUCCAGUCGGUGUCCAGAAACGAGUAAGGCUCUGUUCCGCACCAUAUCCUAGCUAUGAAGGUAAAGAUUGUACGGGACCUUCAUCAGAAACUAAACCCUGUGAAAAUGAACCAUGUCCCAAAAUUCCUCCAGACUUUGACAUCAGUGUGUGUAAAAAAGAAAAUAAAAGUAUAUUUAUAUGUAAGAGUGAGACUCAUUGUAUUCCGAUGACAGAACGGUGUGAUAAAAAACUACAUUGCAACGAUGGAAGCGAUGAACUCAGGUGUUGGUUAAAAUCUCAAAGUGGUAAGAUUCCUGCAAGUCUUUGCACUUUGCUUCUUCUUUCUGCAGCCUUAUUUUCUCUUUGUUUAUGAUUGUUAUUAUGAUUGGUGACAUGCAAGGGAGGAUCUGUUUCACCCACCUAGGCAUGGCAAAAUAUUUGUUGAAAUUCGUGUGUGUUCAAAUAUACAUACAUAUAUAUGUAUAUAUGGAGUCAACUUGCCAUAUAACAGCUGUUUGGAAAUCUGUUGUCAUACAUAUAUAUAAAAAAAGAAAAGAAAAUGGAGAU